GUGUUUUGUUUUGUCCAUUGUCUUUUUUUCCUCUUUCAACUCUUGAUUUCGUUGUUAUUUUCAUCCUUCUGGUGCUGGUCUGGAUGGCCUAUUGGCGUUCUGAGCUGUUUGUUUCUUGCUUGCUUGCUUGAUUGUCCGGGGGAUGAGAUUUGUACUAUACAUUAGGUAUUUCGUUUGUACUCUACCUUUUAUGCCACCUUUUUUUUUGUUUUUGUUUUCUUUUCAUUCAUUCGGUCGAGGGGUUGCUUUGGGGUUGCUUGGGGGGUUAGUUAGAUUAGGGGGCGGCGACGGUGUCCAUUGUUGUACUUUCUUACUUUCUUACUCUUCCUUACUUACUUACUGUUGGUUGGAUGCGGGCUAUGUAGAUACUUUGUAAGUUGCUUUACUUGGGACUUGGGUGGGUAGCGUUGCUCUCAACGGGAAUAUAAUUUCUAUUGAUG